GAAGUGCGUUGGUGAUCCAAAAUGGCGGCUCCCUUGUGGCCUUAGAGACAACGUGAUUUUUACAGGUUUAUAUACAAAAUAUCUACAUUUAAAAAUAAUUCAGUGUGCUGCAGGAGGAAGCGAAUUGGUGAGCAGAUAUUUGAUUGGGUUGUGAGCUCGAGAGAUCCUCAGCGCUCUGCCAUGGCUUCAUUUAAGCCCACCAAGAUCCUGACGUACCCUAAACUGGGAGAGCGUGUGACUGAGGAGACACUCUACUGGAAAAACUACAAGGCUCCAGUGCAGAUAAAGGAGUUCGGCGCCGUUACAAAAAUCGAGUUUUCUCCUCAACCGCCUCACAAUUACGUGGUGACCGCGUCCACCAGAAUCCAGGUAUACGGCGCUCACUCUCAGGAGCCUCUGCGCACCUACAGUCGUUUCCGUGACACAGCAUAUGGCGGUAGUUUCCGUGGCGAUGGAAAGCUCCUGGUGGCCGGAAGCGAAGAAGGUCUCAUUCGUCUGUUUGACAUCGGAGGCAGAGUCGCUCUCCGGCAGUUCACUGGACAUUCCAAGGCGGUGCACGUCACCUCCUUCCUGUCUGAUGGUUACCGUGUGUUAUCGGGGUCUGAUGAUUUGUCGUCUCGUGUUUGGGACGUCGCAAGUGGAUCAGAACUCGGCUCUUACACUGACCACACCGAUUACAUCCGAGCUGCAGCGGCCAGCAGACUGAACCCCGACAUCUUCAUCACCGGUUCCUACGACCACACGGUCAAGGUGUGUGAUGUUCGGUUAGGGGGCAGUGUGAUGACGCUUCAACACGGUCAUCCUGUCGAGUGUGUGCUGCUUUACCCCUCUGAGGCGUUACUGGUGUCCACAGGAGGUCGAUAUGUGAAGGUGUGGGAUUUGUUGAAAGGAGGUCAGCAGCUUGUCUCUCUGAAGAAUCAUCACAAAACCGUCACGUGUGCGUGUCUGAGCUCCACCGACAACCGACUGCUCACAGGCUCACUCGACAGACACGUGAAGGUGUAUAACUCCGCCUACAAAGUCGUCCACAGUUUUGAUUACGCAGCGUCCAUCCUGAGCCUCGCCCUCGCCCCUGAUGAUGAGAUGGUUGCUGUUGGUAUGGCCAAUGGUGUGUUAAGUGUCAGACACAGGAAACACAGUGAAGACAAACAGGAAGUGGUUAGCAGGAGGAGGCGUGGUCCUGCGUACCGGGUCUUUGUCAAGGGGAAAAAUUAUGUUCCUAAACAGGAUGAUUUCCUGGUCAGUAAAACGGUCAAACAGCAUCUGCAGAAACAUGACCGCCAGCUGAAGAGCUUCCAGGUGUCUAAAGCGCUGGACACAGCACUGGAGACGUGGAGGCGGGUCAAUAAGCCGGAAGUGACUGUAGCGGUGAUGAUUGAACUGAACCGCAGAGGAACGCUGAGAAACGCUCUUGCAGGACGAGAUGAAAAGAGUUUAACCACACUGCUCAACUUCCUGCUCAAGAACGUAACAGAUUCCCGGUUCUCCCACGUACUGCUCAUGGUGGCAGAUGUGAUCGUUGAUCUGUAUCAGCAGGUUGUCCCUCAGUCUCCUGUAGUCGAGCGUCUGCUGCAGCGUCUGAUGGAGCUCCUGGGACGUGAAGCAGAACUUCAGCAGGAGCUCCUGCAGGUUUUGGGAAUCCUUGACACGCUCUUCGCCUCUCUGACCCCGAGGAAGGAGGCCACGCCCCCCCGACCAGGCCCUCUGGCCAUACAGGGGCCCAUCUGACGUGUGUUUACUCCACAGCCUCACCGCUCCAGCAGCUAGACAUUUCAGACUUUCAUCCAGAUGUUUGUGGUGAAGAUCCACCUCCUCUCACACCAUCACCUCACAGCUCGUGUUUUAUAUAUGUCCAUGAAGUUUAAACUUUGUGAAUAAACAUUGUGUUUUCUCUUGA